AGAUCAAACUCUGAGGGCACUAGCCAGAUCUGAGCAUCUGGCACAUUCCAGAUUGAGCACCCGAGCCAGACAAGACGGAUCGAACCGGAUCGAACCAUUCGGUGUGAUCGCCAUGGGGAAGGACUGGGAGAGCAUCGAGCGUGAGCUGGCAGCAAAGGAAGCUGAGUUGCUGGAGAAGGAGGGGGCCGUGCUGCAGGGGGAGCACCUGUCUGGAUACAGGUACGUUCCCACUGUCAAGGUCGUGGACAAGUCUUCCUGGGACACCUUUGCUGUGCCGCAUGUGAAGCCUACGUGCACGUCAGAGAAUUGGCACCACAAGGAUGUGCUCUUUGAGAUUGGAGAGGGCAUUGCAUACCUGACCCUGAAUAGGCCAGAUGCUAACAAUGCGCUGAACGAGUCCAUCUCCCAAGCGCUGAUGGAUGCCACCUGCGAGCUGCACGGACGUCGGGACAUCCGGAUCGUUGUUCUACGCGCAGAGGGCAGCAUGUUCUGUGCAGGAAGUCUCAGUGUGGCCGUUGCACACGUGGAUUUCCAUAAAAGCACAUGCGCCCCACUGCCCCACUGCCGCGCCGAGUCUGGCGGCGAUCCCAAGCAUUUCUUCGAUGCCCUAGCCAUGACAGAGCGGGACGACCGCAAGGCGGUCAUCGGCUUCAUGAAGUUCCUUUUCUGGUUUCAGAGUCUGCCGCAGUUCACCGUUGGCCUUGCGCAGGGCUCCGCCAUGGGCAGCGGCAUCGCGUUGCUGUGCGUGUGCGAUAUGGUCCUGGCAGCCAGCCGCGCUCGCUUCACCUGCUCAGAGGUGAAGCUGGGAUUCUGCCCUGCCGCGCUUGCGCCCUCGCUCACGAGGAAGGUCGGGCCUGCAUUUGCCAAGCGGCUGUUGUGCAUGGCCGAGAACAUCUCGGCAGAGCAGGCAAAGAGGAUGGGCCUUGUCUCCGAUGUGGUGGAGGAGGAGUCUGACUUCUCCGACUACAUGAAGGAGAUCUGCGAAAAGGUGACGCUUUGUGCACCCACCGCUGCUGGCCGAGCAAAGCGCCUGGCGCAGAAUGUGAGCUUGCAGCCGCUGACGCAGAAGCUGCUGGAGUACACAGGCGGAGAGCUGGCCGACAUCCGCAUAGGAGAAGAGGCCAUUAAAGGCAUGGUGGCAGUGCAGGCAAGGACAAAGCCCUACUGGGCGGAGACUCCCAUCAAGCCGCUCUACUGAGCAUAUGGACACGUGGACAGCCGUGGACAGCGCUACGCUGCCAUUGCGAUGCGCGGACUCUGAGCAGUAGAUCUUCCUCUAGCUAUUCGAUAUGCGUUGCUCUUCAGCAAUCGCCGCCCAUGGCAGAAACAGCGGGGAUAGCAGGGUUUGCAUCACAGCAGGAUUUGUGCUAGGUAUCGAUCAUCGG